AUGUCAAAGCCAGAGUCUAUCCACCAAGGCCGGCCCCAGAGGCAGGGAAAGGGUGUGUGUCCUCCAUCCUGCUUGAAGAACCGGGCUGCCUCAGGUAAAGCCGUCGCCCCUGCAGGGGAGGGUGCGCAAGCAAAUGCCCCUGUGUUGCUGAGCCCUUCUGCCAAGGGCAAAGGUCCCGUCGCAGCCGCGGGAAAAGCAGGACUUCGUGCUGCAGGCAGAGCCACCCAGAGCCAGGCUGUGCCCCCAGCACCUGGCAAAGGGCAGGAGAGCCCGGACAGCAGCAGUUCCUCCGAUAGCGAGGAGGAGGACAUGGCCAAGCAGUCCUCGAGGCCUGCAGGGCCACCCCAGAAACAGGGAGCGACGAAGGAGGCUGACAGCACCUCAUCGGAGUCCAACAAGGAAGAGCAGCAGCUUUCGCAGUCCCUUCUAAUAGGUUAUCUAGGUCUUUCUAAAGCUCCAGCAGCACCCCAAGUGCAAACAGCUGCUUCCCUGACCUCACCCAAACCAGGACGUAGAAAAGCAGCAGCUGCUGCCAGCACCCUCACCAAACCCGGGAAAGCAGCCCUGCCUGACGUCUCGGAGAGUGACAGCAGUGACUCCGAUACGGAUGCUGAGAAGACGUCAGCCAAACAGACGGCAGAGAGCAAGUCGUCCUCUUCUGGGGAGGUAGCGGUCACCACAAAAGUGGCCUCUAGCCAAGAGACUGCAGCAGGGAAAGCGGGCGAAAGAGGCGCCAGUCUCAAAGCCUCACGGGCAAAGAAAGCCCUGGUGGUGACUCAGAAUGCUGGUGGUCCUAAGGGCUCUCCAGGGACGCCGUCGCCAUAUGCUCUGCUGUCCAUCGCUCAGUCGGAGAGGGAGAGCUCCGCGAGCGACAGCGAAGACAGGGUUACCACUGCUGCCAAGGCUCCGGGCGGGCAAGCGCCAGGGGAGCUGGAGGGGGGAAAGAACACCCCCUCAGCAUCAGCCAAGGCUCUGAAAGCAACGAAAGCACCAAAGCUUGGGGACAAAGAGAACAAGAAGCAGAAAUCCUCCGUGAAAAGGAAGCUGGCGGCAGGGGAUGCCAGCCCCGCGGAGCCCAAGCCGGAGAAGCUGAAAAGUGGCCUCGAGACUCCCAAAAAGAAGAAAAGCAAAGGGGAGAGAGCAGCUGGCAGCAAGGAGAAGAAGAAGAAAGCUGCUGAGCUCGAGGGAUCCUUGUGAGAAGAGCACCUCCCUCGCACGGCCGACAACCAAUGAAUGACGUAGGGGUGGAAGGAAGUGAAUUAAAACUCUUCUAUUUUUUUUAAAGAAAAAGAAAAUACUUUAAACUUCUAAAUCUUAAUUUAUAACUUCUUCUUUUCACUGUGACCU